AAAAAAAAAAAAACUGGGGUCGGGGGAGGAGCAAGUUAUUUGAAAUUUACAGCAGGGAACUCUUGAUUAUCCAAUGGAGAAUUCAAGAUUACACUCGCUCAUUUCACAAUCUUAUUACUACACAUCCCUUCUCCAAUGGAGCUUAAGAAACAACGACCCAUUUACCGCAAAGUUGGUUCAUGUCCGAAUAAUCAAGUCAGGGCUCCACCUCAGUGUUUUCCUCAUGAAUAAUCUGCUCAAUGUGUACGCAAAAACUGGGUUUCUCUCUGAUGCCCACAGGAUGUUUGAUGAAAUGCCUGUUAAAAACCCCUCUUCAUGGAACACCCUUUUGUCUGCGUAUGCUAAACAGGGUCACGUAAAUGUUGCUCGUCGUGUUUUCGAGGACAUGCCUGAGCCUGAUGCUGUUUCUUGGACUGCUUUGAUAGUGGGGUAUAAUCAGACUGGCCAGUUUGUUGCUGCGAUUCGUAUGUUUCUAGAGAUGGUAUAUUAUCAAGUUGCGCCGACCCAGUAUACGAUGACUAAUAUACUUUCAUCGUGUGCUUCGUUUAGUGCUUCGGAUAUAGGGAAAAAGGUUCAUAGUUUCGUUGUUAAAUUAGGGCUUAGUAGGAUUAAUUGUGUUGCUAAUUCACUGUUGAAUAUGUAUUCCAAGUUAGGUGAUCCGGUGACUGCGAAAUUUAUCUUUGAUGGGAUUACGUCCAAGACUACCUCAAAUUGGAACGCGAUGAUUUCGUUACAUAUGAAGUCGGGUAAAUCUGACCUUGCUGCGAAGCAAUUUGAGCUGAUGGCUGAAAGAGAUAUUGUUUCAUGGAAUUCUAUGAUUUCUGGUUAUAAUCAGCAUGGAUUUGACGCUGAAGCGCUCGAUAUGUUCGCAAAGAUGUUAAGAGAUUCAAUAUUAAAGCCUGAUAAGUAUACAUUGACGAGUGCUCUAUCAGCGUGUGCCAAUCUUGAGAAAUUAAAUAUGGGGAAACAGAUUCAUGCUCACAUUAUUAUCACUAACUUUGGUACUUCUGGGGCGGUGGGAAAUGCAUUAAUCUCUAUGUACUCCAAGUCUGGCGGUGUUCAAAUUGCUCAAAGAGUUCUGGAGAAUAACAUUACUUCUAAUUUCAAAGUUAUUGCACUAACAAGUAUACUUGACGGAUACCUCAAGCUUGGAGAUAUAUUAUCAGCCAGACGUAUAUUUGAUUCAGUAAAAGACCAGGAUGUUGUUUCAUGGACGGCAAUGAUUGUUGGCUAUGUUCAGAAUGGCUUUAAUAACGAGGCUUUGGAGCUUUUUAGAUCAAUGGUUAAAAAUGGCCCAGAUCCUAACAACUACACACUAGCAGCUAUACUGACUGUUAGUUCAAGCUUGGCUUCUUUAGAUCAUGGCAAACAAAUCCACACCAGGGCGAUACGAUUUGGGGAAGCAUCAUCGGUUUCUGUAAGCAAUGCUUUGAUCACCAUGUAUGCUAAAGCUGGAAGCGUCAAUGCUGCAAAGCAUGUUUUCGAUCUAAUACCUAGAAACACUGAUACUGUAUCUUGGACUUCCAUGAUUAUAGCUUUAGCGCAACAUGGCCUUGGUGAGGAGUCCUUAGAAUUAUUCAGACAAAUGCUUUCAUCUGGCAUCAAACCAGACCAUAUAACUUAUGUAGGAGUACUCUCUGCAUGCACACAUAUGGGAUUAGUAAAACAAGGCCGUGACUACUUUAAAAUGCUGAAAGAUGUACAUGGGAUUGAACCCACUUCAAGUCACUAUGCGUGCAUGAUUGAUCUUUAUGGACGUGCUGGAAUGCUCCUAGAAGCAAAAGAGUUCAUAGAAACUAUGCCAAUUGAACCUGAUAACAUAGCCUGGGGUUCACUUUUAGCUUCUUGCAGGGUUCAUAAAAAUGUGGAGCUUGCCAAGGCAGCUGCUGAAAGAUUGCUUCAAAUCGAUCCUGAAAAUAGUGGGGCAUAUUCCGCACUUGCUAAUGUAUACUCCGCAUGUGGUAAAUGGCAGGACGCUGCUAUGAUAAGAAAAUCAAUGAAGGAUAAGCAGGUGAAAAAAGAGCAAGGAUUUAGUUGGCUUCAGAUAAGAAAUGAAGCUCAUGUCUUUGGGGUCGACGAUGCGCUGCACCCACAAAGAGAUGCCAUUUAUCAGAUGAUGGAUAAAAUCUGGAAAGAAAUAAAAAAGAUGGGGUUUGUUCCACAAACGGAAGCAGUGUUACAUGAUCUUGAGGAAGAACUUAAGGAACAGAUUCUUAAACAUCACAGCGAGAAGCUUGCUAUUGCAUUUGCUCUACUAAAUACUCCAGAGAAUGCAACUUUGAGAAUUAUGAAAAACCUCAGAGUGUGCAAUGACUGCCAUUCUGCCAUUAAAUAUAUUGCUAAACUUGUUGGUAGGGAAAUUAUUGUUAGAGAUGCUACACGUUUUCACCAUUUUAAAGAUGGUUCUUGUUCCUGCAGAGAUUAUUGGUAAGAGUUGAGAAAUUUAUAUACAAGGAGUUGCAAGACAUUUGCAAAUUGACACUGCCAUCAUAUACUCAUUACCAGCUUCAUGCUUCUUCAUGGUUGCUGCUUCAAAAUACUAUUAUUAUGUGGGUGCUAUCAACCUGAACAA